UAUAAUUACAUUCUAGUCAAAUAUAUAAUAUAUAUUAUCGAGACACAUUAAAGCUCCGCCACAGCUGCUGAAUGUGGGAAAAAUUGCGCUAAAGCUUUCUGAGUUUGGCAAGUUGGUGAAAAAAUCUAAAAAUUCGGUGCUUUACUUCAGUCGUAGUCGCAACCUCACGUUGGUAGUGUUUAUGGAAAUUCUGUGAAUAAGAAAUAUUUCAGACAAUUAACGGAAUAUAAUAUUUUUGAAAGUACUCAACAAGGAAAUCAAAUUUUAUUAGAAUACAUUUUGUUUGAUUUUCGCGUAAAUUGAAGAAAUCUCUGCAAAUUUUCAUCAUGUUGUUCAUGUGUCACCAAAUGGCCAUGAAGAAGGAAGCCAUUAAUAAACAAAAAGCAGAGCUAUUACGAAGAGCGCAAAUCGGAAUUGGUGUACCAAUAGUUUGGGUUUUGGGUGGUCCCGGCUGUGGCAAAGGCACACAAUGUGCCAAAAUUGUCGAAAAAUACGGUUUCACACAUUUAAGCAGUGGUGAUUUGCUACGUGAUGAAGUGGCUUCCGGCUCUGCAAAGGGUAAAGAAUUGGCUGAAGUUAUGAAACAGGGGCUAUUGGUGUCCAAUGAUGAUGUUCUAGACCUAUUGGAAAAGGCUAUUAGAAAAAACUUGCCUAAUUCUACAGGUUAUCUUAUUGACGGUUACCCACGUGAAAAAGAUCAGGGUGCGGCUUUUGAAAAGAAGAUAGCACCAGCUGAUUUAAUUAUUUUCUUCGACUGUGCUGAUGAAACAUUGGUUGCACGUGUGAUGGGUCGCGCUGCAUUGUCAACCGAAAAACGAGCUGACGAUAAUGAGGAAACAAUUAAAACUCGUAUUGCCACUUUUAGAAGUAACACCAAUCAAAUAUUAAAUCAAUACACUGACAAGACUGUGGCAUUCAAUGCAGAACGCAAUGUAGAUGAUAUCUUUGAGGACGUAACCCGCGCUUUAGAUUGCUUAAUUGAAAAGAAGCAAGCAGCUGUGGCAAGGACUUAAGUCAUAUGAAAAUAAUUAAAAUUUGUUACCAAAAAUUAAUGUCUUAAAUCAAUAAUUUUCACCAAAUAAUUAAGCUUUAAAAUAUAUUUUGUAUGUAAAAAUAUGCACAAUAUCAAAAAAUGCUAGUCCAAAGAUAAGAACACAUAUAUUAAGUACAAUAAUUUAAAUUUAAU